AUGGCCGAUACAGAGAAGAUACUCGCCGAACUAGCAUCCUUGCGAAGUACGGUGUCCUCUCUCCAGAAAUCUCUAUCAGAGACCCAAGACAUUCAAGCCGUUCAAUGGCUUCUCAAUCACUACACCGCGCUCCACGACGACGCAUGCUUCGACCUCGAGAAGCGGCAGGAGUGGGAGAACCUGUUCUGUGAAGACGGCGUCGCCGUCUACCCUUACGGCCAACACGUCGGGCGCGCCGGCAAAGGAGCAUGGGCGUUUGGCGGCGUGAGCUACUUCGAGUGCUGCCAACUCCUCUCGUCCAACUUCGACAUUGAAUUCUCCCCAAACCGCAAGCGCGCGUACGUGCGCACGAACUGCAUCGCGCAGUGGAUGAAGCGCAAGGACAUCUACGACGACCACUUCGACGAGGGAGGCUUCUACAACUGGGUCCUGAGGAAGGAGGCCGACGGCAAGUGGAGGAUCGAGAGGGUCCAUUUGACCAUUACCUGGACGACGGGCGAGGAUCCUACGGGCGUGGGCCCAAAGACCAAGGCGCCCGCAAAGCUUUGA